AUGAGGUUAUUGAACAUACAUCGGGACCUGCAGUGCAAGUUGGCCUUCAGCACUCCCACAGUUCAAGAGAAGGAUUUGAAGCUCCAAGGCAGCACGUCCUCGUGCAGACUGUCUCUGACCGGCAUAAUUUGCGCUGCGUGCACCAGCAGCAUCCAAAAUGCACUUUCCAGUACUCCUGGUGUCACCAGUGCUAGCGUUUCACUGGCACUAUUUCAGGCUCAUAUAUCAUAUGACAGUGGAAUGACGAACCCAGAAGCGCUAGCACUCGUCGUUGAAGAGAAUGGGUAUGGAGCAGAAGUAAUGCCCGCAGCGAGGAGUUGGCGAGAGGACUUCGAGAGAGCGGAUGUUGCUAGGCUGAAAGAGAUCAGGUCCUGGAGGAAUUCAUUCUUUGCGUCGAUCCUGUUCACCAUCCCUUCGGUGCUACUUCCGUACUCAAGAACAUCCAUUUCGUCCUUUUGGAUGUCGGUUGCAAUUGGAAGUGUAGAAGCGGUUUUGGCUACCAUUAGCACUUUCUAUUGUGCAAGACACAUAAACCUCGAAGCACUGUCUGCGUUGCGGGCCAGACGAGGUGAUAUGUCGGUCUUGUCAUCAUCAGGGAUUACGCUCGGCUUCAUCCAAUCUUUACACGUUCUGAUGUCUCAACUCUUCGGCCAGAGCUCGAAUCAUGGCCAGAUCUCCUUCGAUGCGAUCUCUGUACUCAUCACCGUGGUUCUCGGAGGUCGGUAUCUCAAAGCUCUGGUUUCGAGACGCGCACUGGGUUUCACAGCUCAACUGUCUUCAGCUAUGCCUUUAUCAGCAACCGUGACCUCGCAACGCGACCUUGACGGCGACUUUCGAGAGAGCGCGGAGGAAUUCCCAAUUGAUUUCUUGGGCUCAGGAGAUUGGGUCAUCGUCUCUCCCGGACGUACCAUACCAGGCGACGGAAUCAUUGUUAAAGGUUCCAGCAACAUCAGCGAGACAUGCAUCACCGGAGAGGUAGUCCCAAGGUUUAAGAAAGACGGAGAUGAGGUGUUGGCAGGUUCAAAGUGUCUGGACAGCGGCCUCAUCAUUCGAAUCACUCGGGCCGGCACGAACACCUGGCUGGAGAAGACUCUUGAGUUCGUCGCAAAAGCCGACAGCCGCAAGGAUACGUUUGACAGACCUAUCGAGGCUAUCAUCCAGUAUUUCGUAAGUGGAGUCAUGAUAUUAGCACUCGCUACCGUCAUAAUCUGGAAGGUCUUCACGGAUGCGACGUGGAGUGACUGCUUCGAUCGGGCUACGGCCAUGUUGCUUGCUGCCUGCCCUUGCGCACUAGGAUUGAGCAUUCCAGCUUGCAUAAUGCUAAGCACAGCUUCUGCGUCCCGCUUCAAUAUCCUUCUUGCGGGAGGGACAUCUCAGCUCGAGAUCGCGUCGAAGGUCCGGACUGUAAUCUUCGACAAAACGGGCACAUUGACGCAAGGGCACCUUACCCUUGAGAGUGUUGAGAUAUCUCCUGAAUGGAAUGAUUCCGAGCGCCAGCGUGCCAUAUGGUGGCGCGCCGUGCAAGCUUUAGAAGAGACACAAUCAAAACACCCAGUUGCUCAAGCUUUACUUUCCGAGUGCGAGCAGCAACUUUCAUCGGCAGACCUAAAACUUCAUGCGGACCUCGACUUGCAGGCCCUUCACCUGAACUAUGUCCCAGGUCUUGGAGUUUAUGGAACAAUCGGAAAUGGUGGAGAAGACGACUUCCAUAUGGCGAUCGGGAGCGCACACUUCCUGGAAUCAAUGGGUGUCUCUCUCUCUUCUUCCGCGCUAAUAUCAAAAGCUUCAAAAAGCUCCCUGCACACAGUGUUCAUCUCCAUCGACAGCAAUCUCUGUGGCCUCGUCACGUACUCCGACACCACCAAGUCAGACGCUCGCAAGACCAUCUCCCUCCUCAGAUUCCAAGGCAUCAACAUUGGCCUUAUGACUGGCGACACCCACGCCUCCGCCUCCGCCCUCGCCCGCGCAGUCGGUAUUCCAGACACAUGGGUCUGGUCUGCGCAGAAACCCAUCGAAAAAGCGCAGGUGCUGGACUCCCUCGCUCUUGACUACGGGCCCAUCGCCAUGGUUGGAGACAACUUGAACGACAUCCCGGCGCUCUCCUCCGCCGCCUUCAGCAUCUGCGUCUCGCGAGAUUCAGAGGUAUCGACUACUGUUCGUGGAGACGCGCAACUGCUCCCGACUUCGGACGAGAUGGGCAGCGGAGGCGGGAGCGGAGAUCUGACACGGAUCCCGUUCUUGCUCGGGCUGGCGAAGGAGACGUUCAAGACUGUACGGCAGAAUUUGGCGUGGGCGGUUGGGUAUAAUAUUGUUGCGUUGCUGUGGGGUUCGGGGCUAUUGGAAGUGGUGCAUAAGGGGUUGGUUCUUACGCCGGCAAUGGCAAGCCUAGGCAUGGGGCUUAGCAGCAUGUUCGUGCUGAUGAACAGUAUGCGGCUAGAGCGAUGGGUUCCGAAAGACGGCGAAGCUGCUAUUGACGAAAAGAAUGGCGUGCUGUCAACAGGGUGGAAUUUCGAUGUAAAGGGAGCAUGA